GUGCGCUGCACCUGCCGCUGGUCCGUGAAGCACGAGGACGGUCACAGUUUACAACAGCGACGAUACAACAACGAUAAAAACGCCGGAAUCUGUCCAUUGAGAGCCUCAGACGUCGUCUCGUCUUCCUCCUCCUCGCCGAGUCUCGGGGGCUUCGUGGACUUCGCGUUCCGCCUGGAGCCUCAGGACACCGUGACAGUGAGAGGGGGCGUGCUGCAGCUCGACUGCCAGGCACAGGCCGACGCAGCGGCCGGACCCCCCGCCAUCACGUGGCGCAAGGACGGCGUGCUGCUGAGCGCGGUGGUAGACGAGCGGCGGCAGCAGAUGGCUAACGGGUCGCUGCGGGUGGAGAAUGUCGUGCACUCGCGGCACCACCGGCCCGACGAAGGCGAAUACCAGUGCCUCGCCACACUAGACGGGCUGGGUAGCAUCGUCAGCCGGACCGCCAGGGUCACUGUGGCCGGUCCGCUCAAGGUGGUCGUCCCCACCGAGUCCGUGUCCUCGUACCUCGGCGAUACGGCCCUGCUGCGCUGCGAGGUCUCGGGGGACCCGACGCCCGUCAUCCGCUGGCAGAAGAACCGGGAGGACCUCCCGUUGACCUUUGACCAGGAAUCCCGCCUGGCUGUGCUGCCGUCCGGCUCCUUGCAGGUCAGCCGCGUCCAGCCGCCAGACUCGGCCACGUACCGCUGCCUGGCCGACAACCCGGGCAGCACCAGGACGGGGACGGACGCCGAGCUCCGGGUUCUCCCAGAGCCCGGGGUGAGCAGGAACCUCCAAUUCCUCCAGCGUCCAACCAGUGGAACGGCUUUGCUGGGGACCGACGCCGUGCUGGAAUGUUCCGCAUCAGGAUAUCCGACUCCGAGCAUCCGGUGGAGGAGAGGAGAGGAACUGAUCCAGAGCUGGAAUAAGAAGUACUCUCUUCUGGUCGGCAGUAAUCUGAUCAUCAGGAGUGUCACUGAUGACGACUCUGGCAGUUACAGCUGCAUAGCCGCCAACAAGAAUCACAACAUCACUGCACACACAGAGCUGAGUGUACUAGUGCCUCCUCAGUUCCUGAACUACCCGACCAACACGUACGCCUACGAGUCCACGGACAUGGAGCUGGAGUGCGCUGUGACGGGAAACCCGCCACCGGUUGUCCGCUGGAUGAAGAACGGAGAGGAAGUCAUCCCCAGCGACUACUUCCAGAUAGUGGACGGCAGUAACCUGCAGAUUCUGGGUUUGGUGAAAUCGGAUGAAGGUUUUUAUCAGUGUGUUGCUGAGAACUCAGCUGGCAGCUCGCAGGCGAUGGCUCAGCUGCUUCUCCGAGAGCCAGUGUCCCCCAGCCCGGGCGUUACCCUCCCCUCUGCCCCCCGCGACCUGGUCCCUGUCCUAGUGUCCAGUCGAUUUGUCCGGCUCAGCUGGCGCCCCCCGGAGGAGACCGGAGGAGUCGUUCAGACCUACGGCAUUUACUACUCCCAGGAUGGAGUCGCCAGGGAGCGGUCAGUGAACGUGUCAGAGCCGGAGUCUCUGGAGCUGAUGGUCUCUAAUCUGAAACCAGAGGAGAGCUACAGCUUCAGAGUCAUCGCUUACAACGACGUGGGACCAGGAGAGAGCUCCGCCCCCUUGAGAAUCACCACCAAACCGGACCUCCAAGCUCCCAGCAGGGUGGAGUCCCUCCAAGCCGAGGCUCUGUCCCCCACCUCAGUCCAGGUGAGCUGGGACCCCCCAAGCCAACCCAACGGCCCCAUCCUGGGCUACAGGCUGCUGUGGACCGAGAGCCCUUCCGCCAAGGAACAGAGUGUGGAAGUGAACGGACUCAGCUACAAGAUGGAGGGACUCAACAAGUUCACGGAAUACACAGUUCGGGUUUCAGCGAUCAACCGCUACGGGCCGGGCCCGGCGCCGGAGGCCGCCAGCGUCACCACCCAAUCAGACGUCCCCAGCGCUCCUCCCCAGAACAUCAGCUUAGAGGUGGUCCUGUCCAGGAGCAUCAAGGUGUCGUGGCAGCCGCCUCCGCCCAGCGCCCAGAACGGCAUCAUCUCAGCCUACAGGAUCAAAUACAGGAAGACCGGUCGUCGUGGAGACCAAGAGGCCAUCGAACCAAACAACUUCUGGUUCCUAUUCACAGGUCUAGAAAAGGGCAGCCAGUACAGUUUCCAGGUGACGGCCAUGACAGCCAAUGGGACGGGUCCCCCUAGUGACUGGUACACCGCUGAGACGCCGGAGAACGACCUGGACGAGAGUCAGGUUCCCGACCAGCCCAGCUCCCUGCACGUCAGGCCGCUGCCCAACAGCAUCAUCAUGUCCUGGACUCCGCCCCUCAGCCCAAGCAUCCUGGUUCGAGGCUACAUCAUCGGCUACGGCGUGGGGAGCCCCUACGCCGACACCGUCCGAGUGGACAGCAAACAGAGAUACUACUCCAUCGAGAACCUGGAGCCGAGCUCGCACUAUGUGAUCUCCCUGAAGGCGUUCAAUAACGCUGGCGAGGGCGUCCCUCUGUAUGAGAGCGCUGUCACCCGAUCCCUGACAGAUCCCAUAGACCCAUCUGAGGAUGACCUCUUCCACCUCUUUGAUAAAUACCCCACUCCUAUGUCAGAUACCAGCACUCCCAUGAUUCCCCCAGUGGGGGUUCAAGCCGUGGCUCUGUCCUCGGACUCGGUCCGCGUGUCCUGGGCCGACAACUCCAUGACUAAGAACCAGAAGUCGUCCGAGGUCCGGUACUACUCCGUCAAGUGGAAGACCAGCUACUCCACCAGUGGAAAGUACAAGUCUGCAGACACCACGGCACUCAGCCACACCGUCACCGGCCUCAAACCAAACACCAUGUACGAGUUUGCUGUCAUGGUAACCAAAGGCCGCAAGUCCAGCACUUGGAGUAUGACGGCGCACGCCACAACGUACGAAGCAGCUCCCAGCUCCGGCCCCAAAGAUCUGACGGUGAUCAGUCGCGAAGGACGACCCCGCGCCAUUUUAAUCAGCUGGCAACCGCCCAUGGAGGCCAAUGGCCGAAUCACAGGUUACAUCCUGUACUACACACUGGACAAGAACAUGCCCAUAGACGAUUGGGUGAUGGAGACCAUCAGCGGGGACCGUCUGACCCAUCAGGUCGGGGACCUGAACCUAGACACGGUUUAUUACUUCAGGAUUCAGGCCAAGAACGCCAAAGGAGUCGGCCCGCUGUCCGAGCCCGUCCACUUCAGGACUGCCAAAGUGGAACAUCCAGACAAGAUGGCUAAUGAUCAAGGUCGAGGGGGAGACCACGCAUACUGGCCGUCUGACACCAACCCUAUUGACAGGAGCAACAUCAACGAGUCCCCAAUUGGUCAGAUGCGUCCACCGCACGGCAGCGCCACGCCCCAAAAGAACAGCAACCUCCUGGUCAUCAUCGUGGUCUCCGUGGGCGCCAUCACCGCGGUCGUGGUCGUCAUCGUGGCGAUCAUCUGCACCCGGCGCUCCUCCGCCCAGCAGAGGAAGAAGAGAGCGAGCCACAGCGCCAGCAAGAGGAAGGGCAGCCAGAAGGACCUUCGGCCCCCUGACCUCUGGAUCCAUCACGAGGAGAUGGAGAUGAAGAACAUAGAGAAAGCUCCCAGUGUGGCCCCAUCCGGACACGAUUCGCCCCUUCAGUCCUGCCAGGACCUCCCCCAGGUCGCACACAGCCAAUCAGAGAGCCACAUGGGCAGCAAGAGCAGCCACUCGGGAGCUGAUGGCGACGAGGCCUCUAGCAGUAUCUCCACUCUGGAUCGCUCCUUGGCGGGCAGGAGGGGAACGCGAGGCAAGAUGAUGAUUCCAAUGGACUCUCAGCCCAGCAACACACCGGUGGUCAGUGCCAUCCCGGUGCCAGCUAUGGACUCCUCUCAGUACCCUGGUAUCCUGCCUUCACCAUCCUGCGGCUUUACUCACAACAAGUUCAGCCUGAGACCGAUGCCUUUCCCAAGCCUGACCGUGGACAGAGGAUACACACCAGCGAUGCCUUCGGAGUCCUCCAUCAGCACCCUCCUCCAGCAGCAGCCCCAAACCCAGCAGGCUGCUCCGCUCCUCCUCGGAUCCUCAGUGCCGCCAGGGGACCACAUCCCAGGCCCCGUCCCGGGGGCCCCCGUGGCAGUCCCCGGGGCUGCUGUUGAGGAGGCCCAGGCCAGCGGGGGUCGCACCAUCCCGACGGCGUGCGUUCGCCCCACCCAUCCGCUGCGGAGCUUCACCAACCCGCUGCUGCCACCGCCAAUGAGCACCAUCGACCCCAAGGUCUACAACUCCAUGAUGCCGCAUUCAACUGCGAGUCUCUCGAAGCCCCAGGUGAAGACGGCCUCCCUGGGCCAAGCCGGGAAGGCCCGCUCCCCUCUGCUGCCCGUCUCAGUCCCCACAGCGCCGGACUUAUCGGAGGAGGGGGGGGGGACCAAACCUGCAGAGGAUUCAGCCGCCAACAUUUACGAGCAGGACGACCUGUCGGAGCAGAUGGCCAGUCUAGAAGGGCUGAUGAAGCAGCUCAACGCCAUCACCGGCUCCGCCUUUUAACCUGUGAUCCCGACCCCAGCCUAGGCUUCAGCGGCGGUCCAGACUGGAACCAUUCUUCAAGCCUUGAUAUCCCUUGUGCCACAUGUGCAGAGGUCAAUCUAGGUUUGAAGAGGUAUCAAAUGUGCGUGCCGCGUUGGAAGUGUUUGGUUUCUGCUGGUUGUGGUCUGCUAGUGUCUAUAGUUUUGGAUCGGUAAACGGAUGGAAGAUUUCAAACAGAGAAAAACAACACUACAACAGCACAGCAUCAACAAGGACAUGACGAGGGUGGAGGGCCCGAGAACUCCUCUUCAAACUCAAACAGAAAAUUGUAAAAACCUGAGACCCAGCGCCUCAGCUUUUUGAUGCAGGGUGAUGGGAUUAUCACUACAACAAAAAAGAAGACAAAGAUCCCUCCUGUUUCUCCUCUUUGUGGUAUUUAUUAGCGUCCUCCACAGGGUACCCAACAGUACCUCGCUUGUUUCUCAUGAUUGCUGUUGGAAGUAUACCUUUUGUCUUUUUUUUGGGGGGGGGGGGAUUCCAUUUGUGUGCAGUUGCAGGAUGUGCACAUGUUCUGAAAGUGCCGCUGUCACCUACAGUACUAAAUAGAAGGAACCUCAGCCACCAAAGUUUCACCGAAAUCGGUUUCUCACCUGGAUCUAACCGAGAUCAACCCAUUCCGAGAGCCUAGUUCUAUCCCUCUCACAGCAUGGUUUUCCUGAGCCAACCAUGACUCAUAACCCAUGCGGUCUUUUCAUUUCGGAUUGGACUGAAUUUGGAGGUUUAAAAAUAAAAUAAUGUGUCAGAACAAAAAAUGGAUUUUAGGCGGAAAGUAACAACUGAGUCCAAUCCAACGGAAUCUACUCUUCUAGGACCAUGUCGAAACCUUUGUAGAUUCCCAGUGUGUUCUCUUGAGAUAGCCUUUACUCUGCCUCACGCAGAUGAACUCCGAUCUUUGUGCCAAAUUCUCACCAUGGACAACUUAUUGUAAACCAUUGAUUUUGUUUGCUUCUUCGCUGAAGUCCAUCUUGGUCUCCAACUGAUGACGAACAGUGAGCUGAUCCGUGUGGAAUCGUCUUGAUGAACGGCUUCGGAUGGGGCGGUUGGUCUUUUUUUUUGGAAACGUGGACAAAUUAGGUCUGAACACCCCGUUCACAGUUGUUCACUGUUUCCCUGUGUGUGUGUUACAUGAGUGCAUUGUGUCGGCCCCACCGAUGUAAACUGCAGAGCGAUCUUUAUGUGGAGAGUAAAGAAGAGCCACAUGACGGUUGGGCUUGGCUUUUGGGACACCUGCUAAUGGGUUCACAAAAGCCAAUCACAGCAUCGGCAAAAGUCGAUAAGCUAUUGCGAGAGAGAUUGUGAAGUCAUAACAACAUUUCAAUGAAUAAUUUUACCUUUAUCGCUGGAUCAAGAUCUUAGUUAUGAGAUGACAAAAUCAUCCCAGUGUUUUCUUGAGAAAUGACUGAUGGAGGAAUGAAUUAUGAAGGAGGUGUUACAGCAAGUUAUUAGUGUGGGAUUUUUGUUGUUGUUAUGAUCAUUAUUAUUAAUGUAAUUAGAUGUGUUGGGAUUCGAUGAUGAUGAGAGUGAUCUCCACCGUUUUUUGUGCCGUUUCAUGUGUUUGACAGAAGGUGACGCGUUCUAUUUGGAGCCCUGGUUUUGAUGAAUCCAUAUUUAUUUUUCCUGAGAUGAACACAUGCAUACCUCUGUCCACCUCAAUCGCACACAUGGGAUACAAUUGCAAAACCGCCAGCUUCACUUUGAGUUCACUUCAGGGUGUCCUGUCUUUUUUAAUAUAUAAGCGAAAGAAAAAAAGGUGACAAAAACUGACGCACUAAUGAUGCAUAUUCCACAAAGUAUAUUUUUACAUUCGCUGUCCUGUCAGAACGGUGUUUUUUCAAAUCAGGUUUUCCCAAACCAUUUCCACAGAGAGCUGCUGUUCAGGGAAUGAUCCCCUUGAAAAUCUGAAAAAGUUACAUUUAUGUUUGAUAAUUGAAUUGUUUGGAGGUAUUAUUUUGUGCCGGUUCCAUUCUUUGAGUGAAACCUGAGAUGGUUUGCAGAGGACCUCUGCCACUUGAGGCCAGGAUAGAGAACAUCCACCUCUCACUUUAAAAUAGAUUUGUAUUGACAGCCAGGAGAUCAAAAUGUGGUCUCGGGAGUAAGCGCGAGGUGGGAUGGUUUGGGAUGUUUUUUUGGAAAGACAGGAGUUUAAAAGAACAAAUGGGUGAAUGAGGGGAAGGGAAAGAAGAGAUCAGGCCAUCAAUAUGCUCCAUGUUUGACUGUGUCACUCCAGUCACCAUAUUGUAAUUUUCAGACCUUUAUCUUUCUGUGAUGAAAGGGGAAAAAAGCCUGAGGGAGACGGAGAGAGCGGGGAGAGGAGGUGAAUUGAUAUUCUGGGGUGGUUUGUAUGUGUGAGCUCGGUCACGGAGGAACGAGGCCCGGAAUUCAUUAUCACGCCUUUUCAAAUAUUAUGAUUCAAGCUCACGCUCGCCAGGCUUUUAUGGCUGCAGGCAAAAAGUCGCGAGGAUGGAGACGCCGAAAGGUAACGUCUCCACAGAAAGAGUGUGGGGGCGGGGGGGGGGGGACGAGAGUUGGGCGGACACAGACAAGCAGGCAACGUGAGGGGGUCAAAGUCAUCAGCGUGUUCCACAAGAUGCAUUCGGUCUCGAGCAGAGCGCUUCGGUGACUCCGUCGUCCUCCCUUUGCCAGCGGAGCGGCGUGCAAAUGGAAUCAGGCCAACAUGGGUUUAAAGGUGGAGAAUCGGCUUGUUGACAGAAGGCAUUUCUCCUUUUCAGCGUGCCAAUCGAAACAUGAACAUCUUAAGAGUAAAAUGGCCAUCCAACAGUUCUUGGGUUGAUUCCAUUCUUCCUGGUAGCCAUCUCUUUACAUGAAAAUAAACAUGCCGUGUUAAUCAGCUGGAGGGCCUCCCAACCCAAUGCCUGUGGAAGAGAACCACUCCGCUGGAUUAAUGCUAUGCAAACUAAACUAACGGUGAGGACCUCUAUGAAGCUGUUUUUGUAGAUCGUCCAAGACCAUUUGUUUGUUUGCUGUUAAAACCUCUACUUCCUCUUCUACCACGUUAAAUGCAGUCAUGUGUAAAUUGUAGCCAACUUCUGACUGUAAACUACGCUGUAGCCAAGUUAAUUAGUUAAGACAUUUCAAUAGUCUGCUUGAAUUGAACUGUGGAAUGGAAACAUAACUCUGGACAAAUUGACUCCUGUGAGUCUUGACUGAGAUGAAUGAUGCAUCUGUAGCUUCUUGGCAACCCAGUGUUUCUGCUAACUGAGCCCGGAGUCAGCAUGGCUCUAAAUGAUAUUAAUCUGGUCGUGAAAGGUUCUGAAUGAUAAUGGUGGGUCUCUGGGUUGUGUCUUUUUGUCUCAUACCCAAGUGUCCUCUGUCUGCAUUGAAAUUAAUGUAGUCCUGUUGGGUUCGCUCAGUGCAGCACCAGGUGUCAAGUAGGUUUUAGUGGAAAUGAAAUGAAACCCAUAGUUGGGGGGUAAAUGUUUGUUAAAGCUGCUUGGGGACUCAAAAGUCAAAAUUGGCACCGGUUUGACAUGGGACAUUCUCUUGGAUGCCAUCUCCCUGCGGUUGAUAAAUUGCUUUUAGGCAUUUAAACAUUUAAAUGGAGAUUGUAAAUUCCACAUCUUUCGUCAACAAUAGACAGGACUUUUGAGUUCUUGGGGUAUCAUAAACACCCGCUCAGGUAAUAUUCACUUGAUAUAACAAUGUGUCAUUUUAUUCAUCCUGAUGAAUUUGGCCUAAGAAGUUGUUGCUGACGCUGAGCUUAUUAAGACAUCCUACCUGCAUGGUCUCCUGAAAAGGACUUUCCCACACUACAAAACUGCAUUGUCAAGUAUAUUUUGAGGGGAAUGAAUUUACAUUCGUUUUCCAUGUGUAUUUUGGACAUAUCAUGACGACAUAAUCAUAUUAAGUGUGUAAUGUGGAGGUUGGGGUGGACGCACAUAGGACCUUCACCCCGGGGGCCACUGUUAGUGUCCCAAGGAAACUCAAAGCUCUGCAAGCUAAAUAACCUCACAGACAUAUUUCUUCUGACUAAACACAACCAAGUACUUAUUGUAUUGUUUCAAAUUUUAACCACCGAUAUUUUGUCCUGUAAUCUGGGACAAAAUCCGUUUUCAUCAAAACGUACCUGAGGAUACAGAUUUAAUUUGAGGACAAAGCGUUUGUGUCUUUUUGUCUGUAUUCAGCCACUUGGUAAAAAGUGGAACACGUAGGAAACAAAUGAGGCGUUCUGCUCUGCAGAGGGUUCUCUCUUUCAUACAGGGAGUACUAUGAAAUGACUCUUUUUACUACAGUGCCACAUAUGCACGUUUCAGCAGCUGUCUGGAAACAGACACAUCAGGCACGCUAAAUGUGUGUAAAUAUUACAGAUCAGACCCAAACAGCCAGUGUGUCCAUCAGAAUCUCAGCCACCUGUCUCCAAGACUCACUGCAAAAAACUAAGAAAAUCCUCCCUCCUCACAAAAUAUGUCGUAAUUUGACAAUUAGACGGUAAAGAUUGUUUCAUUCUGCACUCAUGGACUUCUUUUUAAAACAUUUUUGCUCUUUUAAAAACAAUAAUGUGUAUUUAAGACAAAUGUUUUGGCUUAAAAACAUAAUACCAUUAAAUGGAUGUUGUUUGAGCUCUCGUAAGUAAUGCAAGCUUUUUUAUUUUAACCCAGCAGAAGCAAGGGAGCACAAAUCCUGAUUCUUGUAGCCAUGCAGGAGCUUGAAUCAGUGCCACUGAUCCCACAGGGAACACCUCAGAAUCAUUUUGGAUUAUAACAUUUCUUUGCCAGAUAGUUUCAGGGAAGACACACCAAUCUCUAUCCUCCAGGUUCGUAUUAAACUACUAACACAAGAAGAUGCAAAGCUCCAAAGACCCUGUUAAACUUAUGAUUUUUAUUUUUUUGUAUGUUUAUUAAAUAGGACUCAUAACUCUGGUUACACCUCAUCAUUUUUUCAAUUCUUCCUAUUUUCCUUCCUUCUGAUUUCCAAUAAUGUCUAAUGAGUUGAGUUACUAUUACAUUGCCACACAACAUCAAUGCAGCAUUGGCAGGAAUUCCGAUCUGUUUUAGAGCUCAUCGAAAUGCUGAUUGAUUACUUAAGAGGAAGAAUGUUUUGGAAAAUGUAAAGUACAAGUAUGAGAAUUGGAAGUUAAUGACUGAAAAAGACCCCAAGAAAUACUAGUAUGCGUCUUCAACUGAUCCCAGAACAGAGUCAGAAGGAUCUAGAUGUUCUGGGUUCCCCUUUAGUGUCAGGGACGCCAUGUCAGUUUACUCUCAUUACAUUUAACAAAUAAUAUUUCAACGUUGGUUUUCUGUGUUCUUAGGUUCACUUACGCAACAAAAUGAAUUAGUAGAGUUUAGGGAAAUAUUGUGAUUUUGUGUUGAUAUUGUAUGUUUACCUGAGAUAAAUCCGCUCGUUACAUAACAUGUCUUCAGCGUUAGUAAGUACACAAGUUACGUAGCAUGAAUAUGUUCAAGUCAAACCUGACUGGAUUCUAAUGGGACCCCAACGGCUGUCUACUGGGGGAAAGUCCUGUGCUGGUCUGACCCAACUGUCCACCUCCUGUUUGCACUCUCCUGCCCUUUAUACUCUGUCAAUUGCUCUGAAUUGCCUUGAGUGCAAGUCAAAUACAAAAUAUUCAGUUUCAUUACUUAGACAGUGAAGUAAAACUUUGGCUUUUUGUAUGUGGAACUAGAAAGGAAUUUUCUUUCAACACAAUGAAUAAGUGAACCAAAUUUCUCGUCUCCGUCUCAGUCCAAAGGCUCUCCUCCAAAUGUGUGACGCCUCUAACAGCUAGAUGUUAUUUUUCUCGUUAGCUCGACGUGUGUAUUUUACAGUGAAGAAAAGCGUCACUGCAGCAGAACAACAUUACAGAAUGCUGCUUUUUUACAAUGUACAGUUCCAACUAGAGUAGUACCUUUUUUAUAACCAAAUUUAAUAUAUUAUUACAUUAUUUAAUUAUGUUCAGUGCUCUUUGAAAGUAUUAUUUAUAACCAUGUGUUGUUUCUAUCAUUUUGAGGUUAGCAAAGAACAAAAUGGAGAGGGCCUGUAGCUUUUUAAAACUGAAUUUAAAGACCUUACUAAUGUAGAAAUACAUUUUUUUUUUCCUAAAAAAAAAUUAAAAUGUCACCAAACAUUUCAAUGGUUUGUCACUCGGAGAACACACAGUCACCACCACCCAUCUUGUUUAUUUUUAAAACCGACUGUAGAUUGAUGGCAUCUAUGCAGUGAUCCUUUUUAAUUCUAACCAGUAUUUAACAGUGGGCUUGAGGUUUAAUGACUGGCAUCCAGGGCGCCGGAUCCUAAUUCGCAAAGAGGGUGCAGUCUGAAUGAAGCUGAGGUGUCCUUCAAUAUUGUAGAAUCUUGUUUAACAGAGUGCAACGUGCAGAGGGACACAUACAAACACCCCAUCGUCUAUCUGUAAGGCCUUGUGAACGUGUCCCGUGGUGACUGUGGAACUCAGAAGCACCAACCAGAUCACUAGAGGUGGAAACCAGGAAGGUCAGGCUCGGCUCCAACAUUUGUUAGAACUCCUUCACUAGGGGCUUGACUCCUAUGUUGGGACCAUUGAGGAUAAAAAAGGGGCCAAGUUACACGGUCAAAAAAGAAGACCAAAUGGACGUUGGUCAGGGAUGUGCUGACUUUGAAAGUGAUGUUGCUGUGAAGUGGACUGUGAGCUCCACGACAACCCUUUCAGGCCCAGAGCUAACAAAGAGAGAAAUAUGUUUCUUCAGGCCUCAUCUCGUCAGGGUGAAAGGGGCCAAAUUAAAACGACCCUUAUCUUCUCAAACAGACAAUUACUUCAUUUCCAGAACAUCGUUGUUUGACAGGCUCCUCUGAGUAAAUACAGUUUGACUUUGCCCUUUAACAUAAUGUCCAAUCCUAAAGUCAUUAUAACCAAAUUAGCUUAGUGACUGCAAUAUUUAAGAGCGUAGAUUUUGUUCAAUUGAGUGAGGGGAGAAAGGAUGGGAUGAUGAUGAUGUUAAGGAUGAUGAUUAUGAAGUACAGCAAAGUUUCUAUCCACAUGUUGUAUACAAUUGCUGGUUUUGUAAUGCACUGUAGAACAGGCCCAUAGUCCUUUUUUAUAGAAAUGUUAUUUCAAUGGUGCAUUCUUUUUGUUUGAUAAAUAAAGUUUUGAUA